AGCUAAUCCAUUCAGUUAGUAGGUGAACGCUGCUACAGUGUCAUAUAUUGCAUUUAUACAUUCAUUUGUUCGUUCAAGUACAUUUCAAAAACAUCCUUAUAGACGGUUUUAGUCUUUUAGAUCACUUAAGCUAAACAAGAUGAGUUCAUUGAAAGACGAAGUUGUUAUAUCGGGCAUAAGCGGGAAGUUUCCUGAGUGUAAUGGUGCAGACGAACUCAAAUCUUUAUUAUUCAAUAAAAAUAAUGGUGUGACUGAUGAUACUAGAGGAUGCAUUCAGAAAAAUAAUAAUAUAUCUACAGCAACUGGUAAAAUGAACAAUACUGAUGCGUUCGAUUCAAUAUUUUUCAAAGUUCAUUCAAAACUUGGAGUCGUUAUGGACCCUGAGGCAAAACUCUUAAAUGAGCGAGCAAUAGAAGCAAUCAUUGAUGCUGGACUCAGUCCAAAUGAUUUAAGUGGAACGAACACGGCCGUAUUUACGGGAUCUUUUAUGAGUGAUAUGGAAUCUGAAACGCUAAAAGACUUUAAAUCAGCAUUUUAUAUGUUGGGAGGUGCAAGAGCAAUGCAAGCCAAUCGCAUUUCAUACACACUAAAUUUAAUAGGUCCAAGUUUUGUAAUGGUGAGUGGAACCCAGAGUUUGAUGUUGGCCAAACAAAUGAUCGAAUGUGGGUAUAUCGACACAGCAAUUAUUGGAGUAUCCAAUUUAACUUCUCAUUUUAUGAAGCAGCAACAAUACAAUACGCUGACCAGUUUAACGAAAACAGCCCAAACAAAAUCAUUUAGCGCUAACGCUGAUGGAUACAAUAGAUCGGAAGCGUGUAUUGUACUGCUACUGCAAAGAGCAUCAAAGGCAAAACGUUCGUACGGUACGAUAUUAAGUGCAAUAGCGAUGCAGUUUGGCGAUCAUCAAGGACAUGUCUGCCAACAUUCCAAAGACAAUUUAAAAUCAACCAUACUGGAAGCCUACAAAGAAGCUAAAGUGGAUCCAUCUACCGUAAAUUUCAUAGAAGCAUACGGAUGUGGGAUCAAAGAUGAAGACGUUCUAGAGCUUAACGUAAUGGAAGAAAUAUUCUGUACCAACCAACGAAAGACACCGUUAAAAAUAGGGUCUAUAAAAAGUAACAUUGGCCAUACCGAAGAAAGUAGCUUCUUUGCAUCGAUUAUCAAAGCCAUUAUAACGUUUGAAAGUGGUUACAUACCACCAAAUAUCAAUUAUUCGACACCAAAUUUAAAUGUAAAAUCUAUAAGAAACGAAAUGAUGCAAGUGGUUACACAAAAGACGCCUUUCAACGAUGAUAUAAUUGGAGUAACUUCUUUUGGUUUUAUUAACGAGUUUAAUCACGUUAUACUUAAAAGGAAUAAUAAGAUAAAUCAGAAUAAGUCAACUAAAGAUGUAUUACCAAAAUUAAUUGUAGUUUCUGGAAGAACGAAUGAAAAUGCUGUAGACACGAUAAAACAGAUAUUAAAACAUGGAAGCAACAAAGAAUAUAUUUCGCUGACACAAAACAUUUUUUCAAAAACAAUACAAGGUCACUAUCAUAGAAGCUUUGCUAUUUAUCCAAGUUUGAGGUCGGAAGAAAAUAUAGAAAGUUGGAAUGUUACAUUAAAAAAACGACCAGUUUGGUUUGUAUUCUCCGGAAUGGGUUCCCAAUGGCCCGGAAUGGGUGCAGAUUUAAUGCGCUUGCCAAUAUUUGCCGAAUCAAUCAGAAAAUGUCACGAUGUGUUGCGGUUAAAAGGAAUAGAUAUCAUUGAUAUAAUUACAACAGUAAACCCAAGUAUAUUCGAAAAUAUACUUAAUUCGUUUGUGGGAAUAGCAGCAAUACAAAUAGCUUUAGUGAAUGUAUUGAAUGCGUUAGCAAUAGUACCCGACGGUGUCAUUGGGCAUUCGGUUGGUGAACUAGGUUGUGCUUAUGCAGAUGGUUGUCUAACUGCUGAAGAAAUGCUAUUAGCUGCAUACGCACGCGGCGUUGCGUCUAUAGAAGCAGAUUUAAUACCCGGAAUGAUGGCCGCUAUUGGUGUUGGUUAUCAAGAUAUAAAAAAUGUAUUGCCGGAAGAUAUUGACGUUGCUUGUCACAACAGUAAAUCUAGUUGUACCAUAUCAGGUCCAGUCGAUAGCGUCAAAAAAUUUGUCUUACAUUUAACCUCUCAAGGAAUUUUCGCUAAAACAGUGAAUGUAGCAGGAAAAGCAUAUCACAGCAGAUACAUAAAACCAGCAUCUCCCGCUCUUCUGAAAUAUCUCAAAGAAGUAAUUAAAGAACCAAAGGAUAGAUCUUCUAAAUGGAUAAGUAGUUCAAUUCCAGAGUCUGAAUGGAAUUCGAAUUUGGCCAAACAGUCAUCAGCUGAAUAUCACACGAAUAAUCUUUUAAGCAGUGUGUUAUUUGAGGAAGCUACUCGGCACAUACCUAAAGACGCUGUUGUUAUAGAAAUCGCUCCACACGGUCUACUACAAGCAAUUUUAAAACGUUCUUUACCAGAGACAGUGACUAAUAUACCGUUAACAAAAAAUGUCUUCGGUCAAUCUAUUCAAAUUUUGCUAAAUUCGAUUGGAAAAAUGUAUACCAACGAUAUGAACCCAAAUAUCCAGGCACUUUACCCAUCAGUUGAUUACCCUGUAAGCCGAGGGACUCCAUUUCUUCAUACAAUUCCUUUGUGGGAUCAUUCAUAUCAGUGGCCUAAUAUUUAUAAAACGGACUAUAAGAUAAAUCGAGAGGCAGAGAUACUAUUGUCUUUAAAUGACAAUGCAAAACUAAUUCAGCAUAAAAUUAAUGGACAUUACUUUAUACCCGUUUCAUUCUUUUUGUUGAAAAUUUGGGAAAAGUUCAGUGAACUCCAUAUGAAAAAGCCGUUUAAUGAUACUAUUUAUUUUCAAAAUAUCAAAAUUAAAGAAAAUAUUGAAAUUAAACCAAACAUUACAGAUUCGUCGGAAACAAUAGAUUAUAUGAUCCAAAGCUCUGGAUUCUUUGAAUUUAGUUUUAACGGCACGAUUGUACUGACAGGUCAAAUAGAAUUCACAGAUAAAAAAUACAUAACUCCUCAAACAAUCUACCAAACAAUUGAAAACUCUGAAUUGUCAAUAUCAAAAAAUGAAGUGUACGCCAUGUUUAAAAAAAAAGGUUAUCAGUUAGGAGAACAUUUCAAGACAAUUAACAAUGUAGAAAUAUUUAAAAAUGAAAUCCGUGCAAAUAUAAAAUGGAAUAACGAUUGGUUAUAUUUUUUGGACUCCUUAUUAAAAAUAUCACUAUUAGAACAUCUAAAUGGUCAUUUUAUUGAGACUCCAAAUUCAAUUCAAGAAAUUUGGAUUAAUCCUACAAUAUUUGAGAAUUGCAAUGAUGAAAAUAUACCAACGUGUUAUAAUAUAAUAACGAAAGAAAUCGUUUGUGAUGGAGUUAAAAUAAGUAAUGUAAAAACUAAGCAAUUAUAUAUCCAUAAUCGAGAAUCGUCUGCCUUGAGAUUAGAAAGCAAUAUGUUUUAUUUAUAUAACCAGUGCAUUAAACAGGAUAUCAAUGACUGUAUUAAAGAUUGUAUAGAAUUUAUAACCGAAAUUUGUAAAUUCGAUAAAAGUAAUACUCAUCACAAGGUAACUGUAUCAGAUCCGUAUCAGUACGAUGAUCCAUUUGUAAAACUGUGUACUAAUGCUUUGAAACACAUCUUGAACACCACCAGAAACAUUAAUAACGUAUUCGUGGACAGGGAGGAUUUUCCAAAGCUUUCCAAUAAUGAGGAAUUAGGAUCAUACAUAACAGUAUCUAGUAUUGAUUAUUUACAAGAUUCUAUUAAGGUUUUAGCUAAUAGAGCAAACAGUUAUAUUAUUAUUACCUCAAAAAAACGUAUAUGUGAUGUUAAGGGAUGGAAAAUGAUCACAGAACAGAAAUUUGACAAAAAUUACGUAACAUUAAUAAAGAAGGUAAAACAUUUAAGCGAUGACAGUAUUUUUAUAAAGACAAACAGUAGUCAAUUGGAUUCAAGUAUAUGGAAACAUAUGGAGAAAUGUAAAUCAGAUAAAGGAAAAAUCUAUUUAAUUUCCAACUCUGUCCCACCAGAAGGAAUCAAUGAGUAUGCAUCGAAGAUGUUUAAAAUAUUUAGGACCCAGAAACUUAGAUUUGUUUUUAUUUGGGAUUCGGGUGCUCCGGAAUUACACACAAACAAAACUUUUUAUGAAGAACAAUUAUGUAAAGACUUUAUAAUAAAUAUUUAUAAAAACGGAGGAUGGGGAUCAUACAAAACUUCAUUUAUCGAAAUCAUAAGAACGGAUGAUCGUUGUUCGCAUCAACUAUUUCCUAUUAGUCAAAUUCCAAUAGAGAACAUCGAUGGUUUGACUAUAAAAUACCUCGGAAUAAAUCAUAAAAAUGUAGUCAUUGAUAAUACAGAGGAUGAUAUUGGUCCACUCGAAUACUCGGGUACUACUGAAAAUGGCAAAGCUGUAAUGGGGAUUUUCUCUUAUAAUAAAACAGAAAAUAUUCUAACAAAAUAUAAUUCCCUGUCUUGGCCCGUACCACCAACUUGGUCGCUACAAGAUGCCGUUACAGUUCCAUUACCGUACGCCAUGGCGUAUUAUGUGUUUAACGUAUUAAGUGAGCUGGACAAAUCCAAAUCAAUAUUAAUUACGUCUGGUAUACAUCCUGUUGGAAGAGCAGCUAUUUCGAUUUGUUUAUCUGAAAGAUGCAAUGUUUACAUUAUUGUUGAAAAUAAACAGCAAGUUGAAUACCUCUCCAAUGUCUUCCCUUUGUUACGGAGUUCAAAUAUAAUUAUAAAUGAAAACAACAAUUUUGAUAUAAAUAUUAAGAUGGUCACUAAAUCUAUAGGAAUAGAUCAAAUUUUAAAUUUCUUAGAAGGUGAUGGACUACAAGCUUCAAUACGUUCCAUUGCUGAUCAUGGAAAACUCUUUCACUUUUCUAAAUCUGAUAUGUUAAAACAGGAAAAUAUGGGAACAAGAAUAUUUUUAAAAGAUUUAUCAUUUUAUUCCAUCACUUCAUACAUGUUAAUGACAGCUUGCAAUGAAAACAAACGAAUUGUUCAAGAAGCAUUCGCGAAAGGACUCAACCAGGGCGUAAUUAUACCAAUAAAUGACGUUGUAAAAUUGCCUUUAAGCAGUGAAAAAUUAUUUGAUAGCUUGAAAAAUAGUUCUACUUAUCCGAAAAAACUCAUUUCACCUUUAAACGACGACGAUUUAAAGUCAGGUUUUAUUAAUUGUGCCACACGUGGUUUGUAUCAAUGUCAAGCCGAUCAAGUUUAUGUUGUUAUAGGUAAUAAAAAUGAAUGGUUGGACGUUGCUGAAUGGUUGGUUAACAGGGGAGCACGAAAAAUCACAAUAAUGAUAAACAAAUAUUUAUUGGCUCCGUCCGAGUGUAGAAGAUUUAACCAACUUUUAUCAAAGCACGUAUCAAUACACAUCGAGUCCAAUAUUUCUAUAAAGUCAAAAGAAGACGCUCUGAAUUGGUUUAAUCGUUUGACAUCAUCAAAUCAACUGGGAGGAAUAUUCUUAAUCAAUCAAAGUGACACUGAAAAAAUAAAUCAGUUUGGUUAUGCCUUUGAGAGGUUGAUCAAAAAACCUAAAUCGGCCAUAUUUAUAUGUAUUUGUUGUAAAAGCGAACACGUGUGUUCAGCACUAAAAUCAAAACGAUUGCAUGCGUUGAAUAUACAAUUGAGUGCAGCGGCCAAAAAACAACUGUCUAUCACGUCAUUGUUGACAACGUUGAAUUCACUACUCGUAAAAGCCCAAGACAUGAGUUCCGAUACUUUUAUAUUUAAUAAAGAAAAUACUGAUCAGUUGGAAGGUGACUUAAACAACAGUAACAGUUUAAGCGAAAUGCCUGAUUCUGUUGAUGAGUUACUUGAAUUUUUCAACAAAUUAAACAACGAAGCAGAUUUUAUUGAAAUACAGACCAAGAGCCCAAGAUACUCGCACGUUAAAGGAGUGGUGCCAGUGUUCAUGAUACCUGGUUUUAAAUCGAAAAAUAUUGAAGUAUUGUAUGCAAAACUGUUUUAUCCUACAUUUGAAGCACGAAUUCCAAAACAAAUUAGUUCAAUUAACGAUGUUGCUCAAUCUCUCGUUACAAAACUAAAAGAAAUUUGCAAUCACAGCAUGGUUUCAUUGAUCGGAGAAUCAUGGGGCGGAAUCAUUGCAUUGAAAAUGGCUCAGAUUUUAGAAGCCCAGGGAACAUUAGUCUCCGUGUGCUUAUUAGAAGGAGAUCCGGAUACGGUUUAUGGAUGGGCAAACGAGAUCCUUUCAAAUCCACUUAACAAAGAUAUACUAGAAAACAAAUAUUAUUCACAUUCGGUUGAGACACAUGCCACAUCACCGUCGAAUAUUAAUGAUUAUGAAUCAUAUUUUUUGAACGAGCGAUCAUACAAAAAUGUUAAAAAAGACAGAAUCAUAAACGGAUUAAGUACAACAUUAUCACUACUAAAAGCUUUGGUAGACUCAGAACCGCUACCUUAUAAAUUGCAAGCAAGUGUACAAAUAUUUAAGUUUAAUAGAUCAUACGAUUAUGCAUCCUCAAUCAUUUAUGACUUCUGUGAUUCUACACCUAUCAUAAAAGUCGUCGCAGAAUCAAAUUCAACAGGACCUCUUAACAAUAAAGUAUUUUUCAAAGAUAUAAAUGACAAAAUGGGAUUCGUCCCAAUCAUUGAUGAGAAAUUACCAGUCCUCGAAAGAUAUAAUAAGAUAAGUUUAAAAAAUUAUGAAAUCUAAUUUUAUUAUGAUUUAUUUUAGUACUCGUAUUUUUUAUUAGUUAGUAUGAAAAAUAAUUAAACACUACUUUUGCCCUUUAAUCACUCCUGUUAACUUAUACCAAAUUUUUAAACUAUUGUAUUACUAA